AUUGUGUGUGACCCCAAUACCCAAUAUGCGACCGGUGUCGAUUGCAACAAUUGCAAGAUCAAAGUAGGCCCUUUUUAUCGGAUUGCCUGGCUUGUUAAUGUUGAGAAUAUAUGGCAAGGUGAAUCACCAUGUGAGUCAUGUGUAGCUACGAAUGGAAGUGUUCAUGUUCCUUAGUGCUGUUUUUUUUCGUUACCUGAAAGUAAUUAUUGCAGUUUUUAGACCUGAUUGAAGACACCUUGCUGGUGGCAAAGACCACCAAGAGUUGGUCCGUCACGUUGUUGGAUGUUGUUUCAAGAUUAUUGACGGAGUUCUAGUGAGUGACAGUUCACCGCAUCCACGUUUUUAAGCGUAAGACAAACAAUCCUCAUCCGAAGGCCUCAACUUUUGACAGUUUUUCAGGACUCGAAGAGAGGCUACAAAAAAAUCAAGAUCAUUUGUAAACUUUGUUUGCUUCGUAUUUGAAGUGACAAAAACUUCUUUGACAGACUAUUAUUAGCCAACAACUGUGAUUGCUAUCUUUCGUGUGGAGAGCAUUGUUUUGCACAAUCCUCGUGCAAAAAAAUCCACCGAAGGUGUAAAAUACGGACUUCAAGCUCCAAGUGGAAGAUAAGCAUCAACCGGUGUUGAAACAGAAAAAAAAAACUUUAUUUUUUGGGAGGACUAAGUGAAUUUCCCAUCUUAUCUGUGGACACGCCCCAACAGUGAAAACAAACUUGAUUUCUCGAAAGGUGGCAAAUGCAACAAAGCCCAUGAUGACGAAUAAAUCAUCGGAAAUCGAAGCUCUGCGCGAGGCCAUUGACUUGGGUCAGACCGAAAAGGUCCUGGAUAUGCUCAAGUUGGGAGUGCCCAUCGUCAUUGAUCAGGAUGGUCAGACCGCACUCCAUUUGGCCGCUUCAGCGGGUCAUUACGAAAUGGUCGAGGCUCUCAUCCAAGCGGGAUGCGACGUUGGAAUCCAGGAUUUUACCGGCCAUACAGCAUUGCAAAGAGCUGCGGCCGAAGGACAUCUCGAUAUCAUCAAAACCUUAGUCAAGAAUGGCGUAAGCGUUGAUCAUCAAGACGAAGUGCACGGAAAUACUGCUUUGCACGAGGCUUCGUGGAAAGGUUUCAGCCAGUCUGUGCAAUAUCUGUGCAAAUCCAAGGCCAAUCCUUACAUCAAGAAUCGCGGCGGGUUCGCCCCACUACAUCUCUGCUGCCAAAACGGCCACAAUGAAACCUGCCGCGUUCUUCUCCUUAGUGGAUGCAAACCAGAUAUAAAGAAUAAUUAUGGAGAUACGCCUCUUCACACUGCCGCUCGUUACGGCCAUGCUGGCGUGAUCCGGAUCCUAGUCAGCGCUAAAUGCAACUCAUCGGAGCAAAAUAAGAAUGGCGAUACCGCUUUACACAUCGCGGCUGCAAUGGGUCGCCGAAAGCUGACCCGCGUCCUUUUGGAGUCGGGUUGCGAUCGCGCCAUGAAAAACAAGCAAAACGAAACGGCGGUGGAGAUUGCAGCCCGUAAGAACCUGCAGGAUGUGGUGCAGAUCCUGCAAUCCCCGCAUCACUUACGCAGACCUCCCAUGCCGGAGGAUCACAAAUUUGACCUGCCUGGAAAGUCUGUGGACGACUCCGAUGACCUGGAUGCCAUUCAUGUGGACAAAUCCUACAACCCAUAUGGUCAGGAUCGGGCCAUGCUACCCCAACACCAAUACCACAAUCCCCAAUCCAAACGUGAGCGUUCAAGCAACUCGAGUCAAGAGCGACUGAAGUUCGAAAGUCGCGAGAAGCGGAGAACGAAACCGCGCGAAGGAACGGGAGAAAAGAAAGACCAACGAAGGAGGAAAAAGCAAUACCAGUAUCAGGACUUUGAGGCCAUGGCCUCUCCUUAUAACCAGGACCUGGGACCUGGCGAGUUCCCUUUGCCUAACAUAACGGAGCAUGAUCAUAACGGACAUGGAGAGCAACUCUUCAUGGAUCUGGCCGGAAACAUUAAAAGGGGUCCCGCUCCAAAAGGUCGAAGAUGUGGGUGUGGCCCAGCCUUCCACAAAUUCGAAAAGCGCCUUGACGUAGACAAGAAAGACAUCAUUGAGCACAUUGACAAAAGCCACCACGUACUCGACAGUCGCUUGGCCUAUUUAGAGAAGAAGACCAAAGACCAAAUCUUUAGCCUCAAUCAGGCCAUGAAAGAGUCGUUUGCCCAAGAACGAGGGGAAUGCCUGGAUCGAAUGGAUCGCCGAGCCCUCAGAGAAAGGAUUGCCAUUGAACGACAACAAGUUUUGCGAGAUAUGGCCUUGAAAAGGGAUCUCGCACUUUGGUUGGACGCCAAACUCAAGGACAUUGAACGAAAGCACAAAUUGGAUGCCAAAAACUCGGCUCUUCUUCGAGCGAUGGCAAUCAAACGGUUCUCCAAGUUCACCAAAUCGACUUUACCAGGGACGAAGGUCGGAACUUUGAGGCGAGCUCACAGUGAGGAGCUCGUAUCUGAGGUUGGAUUCAAUGCCCAAGAUGACGAAAACAAUGACGACCGACUUCUAUCCGAUCUGCUUCAAAGACACAAGAAGAAGAAGACCAAAUCUCGAGAGAAUUCCAAGAUGCCCGAACCCUACAAAGGUCUUCAAGUCUCGGAUCAGCCUUCACGGCGUCGAGUUCGCCGUAAUAGCGCGGGUGACGAGAUCAGCAGUAUUUUGAAUCAUGAGACGUCCCACGGUUUGAUUGUCAUGGGAAGUCCUCUGGCCACCAGUGAGACGUUGGAGGAGAGUGGCAGCGAUCUGAACUCCAGGCAUUAUUACUUCAACACUUCCAACGCAAGCCAUAACAUGGACCCAUUGGACUCUGACGCAACCUUGCGCGUAGAAUCCUCGGAGCGUGCCUCAUCGAGAACAUCUUCAAGUCUAAAUACGACUGUGGUGACAAAGGUGGAAAUGAAUGAAAGGUCUCAGCUGUUUGACAUAAGCCCAGAGGAACGCCUGGACUUUGUCGUCUGCGACCCAAUGGGUCACACCAAUGAUCAAAACAAUUACUACAACCACCCGGGAGUGAUUCGGCCCAUCCCCGGCCGACCUUUUAACUCACAGCAUUCGCCACCCCCUUUGCCAGGACCAAAGCCCUCUCAUCUAAGGUCACAAAUUGCGUCGCAACAAAUGAACCAGGCGCAAGAUAUGGCCGACUAUUCUCGAAGGCCGGCCUUUCCAUUGCCAAAAGAUGAGACCAGUCACGUUCAAAGGGAGUUAUUGGCCGCUUAUCAUUUGCAAGGCGCCGAAAAUGCCUACAUACCCUCAUCUAACCACAACCUGAAUGGCCUACCCUCAACUCGGCCUCAAAUAAGCCAAUUUGCAUUCAAUAGUCAUGGUCUAAGAGCGACUUCGAUGAAGCCAAUGCUGGCUCCUCUGGAGGAAGUCGAUUACGUGAGUCAGGAUCAAAUAGAGCCCAACGCCAUGGAUUUUGGGUCCAAGGCCGACUCCGAUCUUCACCGGCAACUCCUUAACAUCCCCAUGACUUCGGAGGGCUCGCAUGACUCGCAUAAUGACUCUGGUUACUCCACCAGAUUAGGUUUUAGCGCCGGUCCCUCACCGUCGUUGUCAGGGAGCCGUCCUGAAAGUAGCGAUGGGGACAAUCCUCAUUACCCGCACUCUCAUGCCCAAGGAACUGCAGCUCUUCUGGAUCCAAUGGCGAUCAACCUGAUGCCUCCAGAGUUUGAAUUGCCGCCUUUAUCGUCGGGGCAGGAGUCCAGACUUCAAGAUGUCCAAGCACAGCUGCAAAUGAGUCAUAUCAAGGAAUCGGAUCCGAGCAAGAAGUUCCCGCCCAAAGGCAGUCUGGUUUGAGACGUGCCAUGAUGUGUCCUUGGAAGGAGACAGAAUCUGAAUAUUUUCAUGAAUUUUCGACAGAUAAAACAAAUUUGUCAUUUGAUUUGAAUUCCUGCGAAUUCCAAUAAACAAUUUGGUCAAC